AGGAGAAGAGGGCGUUCUGCCAGAAAAGGGUAACUAAAUUUAGUCAAACCGGCCCGUCGUGGGAAUGUGUUAGUGCCUUGUAUAAACUUGGCCGUUUUUGAUUCAAUACCGUACCAAUUGAACCUCAGGUGUCCAAAAAGUGUUUGAAAAUAUUGUCGUUUUUUAUAAGUGUAAUUGAAAAUUUUCAAUGUGGCUUAUGUGGAGUUAUAAGGCCAGACCAUAAAUCCGGAUUCGUUGACCAUAUAAGAUUAGACUUUUUUUUAUAUCAAACAACUCCGAGUCUGAAGGACACAUCAAGAUGCAAGGCGUAAAUCAAGAGGCUUCCAGUCCAGAAAGUUCGAAAUCAAUAAGGGGGAAGAGAAAGGGACGUUGGAAGCUGAAAUUCCACCAUCAGGCCCUACCCCCAGAGUAUCUUGACCACUACGAAGCAUCUCUCUGUAAGCCGCCAAGCCCACCCGCGCCGGCCACAGUCCGCUACACCGAUCUGCCCUACAUGGGCGAGAUGACAUUAGACAACGCGAGGCCUAGGAGAGGAAGGAAGCCAAAAAAGGCCGAUAUAUGCCAUCUCAUCUACAAAAACUACGGCACGACAAUCGUCGACGAGCCGCUCAACUUGUGCAUAAGGGACCUGAAAGCGAAAUCGCAGAAUUCCGCCGCACAGGUUUCGAUGUGCAAGUUCAAGUUCACCGGGGGCGCAACGCCAACGCUCAAAGAGAAGAAGAUGCUCUCCGUCGACGCCGGCGGAGCGUUUCGCUACUACGACCAGGCGGACCAAUCGAGAAAGAAAUCCAGGAAGUCGAUCGCGAGGGAAAAGCUCGAGCAGACUUUCAAAGAAAAGGGAUUUCUUAUUCAAACCCAACAACUCGAAUCCGCCCAAGGGGCGACUUAUUGUAAAUUUAGGCAGCUUAGAAAAUUCACUAGGUACCUUUUUCGAUCCUGGAAACAUCACUUACCGGGUGAAGUCGUCUCCGAAAGCUACAUGGGAUGAACCGAAACCACUAAUCUAAUCUGACGAUCUCGUUUUUUUUAUAUAUUUAUUAUCGAAUCAUUAAAAUAUAUAAGAAAAAAAUAUAUAUUUUUAAUUAUAAUUAGGAGUCGUCAAGAUAAUAAAGUGUAGUCUCACGGAUAUUUAGUCACAUAUUAGUAUCAUAAAUUUUAUUUUAAUAACAAAUUAAAUAAUCACAAGAGGUUAAAUUUCUAACAUAUUUUUUUAAUCGUUUGUAUAAUUUAUAAGACUAUGUUUGAGUGUUCCUCUCUUACGUUUUUGUGUGUAUAUUUUGAAAUUUGAACACGCUAUAAUAAUAUCAUAUUUCAUUAAUUGCUUGUUUGUAUACGAUUUAGCUUGUCUAGGAAAUUUAUAUGUGGAAUACAAAAUCAGGGUUAUUAUUUUUUUUUUUUAAACUUGCAACAAAUUCAUAUAUUAAAUCAAGUUAGUUUAUAUUUCAAUAGC